UGUGACAGAGACAGAGAGAAAGUUCGUUGUGCGCAGUUAGAUGUGAGGUACUAACUUCCUCGUAUACAACUAGAACGCACCCUUCAGCUCUAUCUAUCUGAACUAUAAUCCCGGGAUGGAAGAGCCGACAUAAAAGAAAAAGGAGCGCUUUCUAAAGAAUACAAAUAAUUCAGCGUUGAGGACCAAAUAGCAGAACAUACGUGGAAUAUACAGCUGGUUGGAACGAGGUUCUUCCACUAUGGGCUGUGUGGGGUCCAAUGAGCAGCAGGAUCCCAGCAGCAAAGGUGUGGUCAAUGAUGACUCUCCGAACCAGACUCAGACAGCCCACUACGUCAAAGACCCCACCACAUGGACCAAGGCUAACAGAACCAUCUCCGUUGCCCCUCCAGUCCCCUCCAAUGGUACUGAGAGCAUUGCCAUUGCACUGUAUGAUUAUGAGGCUGUAAAUGAUGGAGACCUGGACUUCAAGAAGGGAGACAAGCUUAAAAUAUUACAGGAAUCUGGAGAAUGGUGGAGAGCACAGUUAAUUAGCACAGGCAAGGAAGGCUACAUCCCCAAUAACUAUGUAGCCAUAGACAGACUUGAAACGGAAGAGUGGUUCUAUAAAGGAGUGAGCAGGAAAGAUGCAGAGAGGCAGCUGCUAGCAUCAGCAAACAAAACGGGAUCGUUCAUGAUCCGUGACAGUGAGACAACCAAGGGCAGCUACUCCUUAUCCGUAAGGGACAGUGAUUCCCAAUCAGGAGACACAGUCAAGCAUUACAAGAUUCGUACACUGGAUAACGGUGGCUUCUACAUCUCUCCACGCAUCACCUUCACCACUCUGCAGGAACUGGUCAGCCACUAUAAAAAGCAGGGAGAUGGUCUGUGCCAGGCCUUGACCAGCCCCUGCCUCAGUCCCAAGCCCCAGAAGCCCUGGGAGAAGGAUGCCUGGGAGAUCCCUCGGGAGUCCCUCAAACUUGAUAGGAAGCUCGGGGCUGGCCAGUUCGGAGAGGUCUGGAUGGCUACAUACAACAAGCACACCAAGGUGGCAGUGAAGACCAUGAAGCCUGGCACCAUGUCGGUGGAGGCCUUCCUGGACGAGGCCAACCUGAUGAAGGCCCUGCAGCACGACAAGCUGGUCCGUCUGAACGCCGUGGUAACUAAAGAGGAACCCAUCUACAUCAUCACAGAGUUCAUGGAAAAGGGCAGUUUGCUGGACUUCUUGAAGACUGAUGAGGGCAACCGUGUGCAGCUCCCCAAACUCAUUGACUUCUGUGCACAGAUUGCAGAAGGAAUGGCCUAUAUCGAGCAGAGGAACUAUAUUCACCGAGACCUGCGAGCCGCCAACAUCCUGGUCUCGAAGGCUCUGGUGUGCAAGAUUGCUGACUUUGGCCUCGCCCGAAUCAUCGAGGACAAUGAGUACACAGCCAGGGAAGGAGCAAAGUUCCCCAUCAAAUGGACGGCCCCAGAGGCAAUCAACUUUGGCUCCUUCACCAUCAAAUCAGACGUCUGGUCCUUUGGCAUCCUACUGACCGAGAUCAUCAGCUAUGGACGCACACCAUAUCCAGGUAUGACAAACCCAGAAGUGAUUCGCUCUCUGGAGACCGGCUACCGCAUGCAGCGCACCGACAGCUGUCCGCAGGAGCUCUAUGACAUCAUGUUGGAGUGCUGGAAGAACAAGCCCGAGGACCGGCCCACCUUUGAGUAUCUGCAGAGUGUCCUGGAGGAUUUCUACACCGCAACAGAGAGCCAGUACCAGCAACAGCCAUGAGCCAGAAUGAUUCAGGCAGAUACAUAACCUACUCUCUCAUACUCUUAUACAAAUGUACAUGUGUACAGACAAACCUACAGAGAAAAAAGGGGAUCUGAACAUGUUUCAGAUGGUUCCUUAUGAAAUAUGGCAUUUACUGUAACUUAAUAAGGUAUGACCUAACAAAUGUAUUACAGUGAUUCAUGAAAUGGCUGAGUCUAAGGCGUUGUCAACAUUUUAAUUUAUAUUUAUUUUGCAUAUCUUGUUAGGUGACUUUACCUUCCCUUCCCCUUUGUAGUUAGCUCUGCCAGUCCUGUUUGUUUGUUGUAUGAAUUAACUGUGCUCUAACUAUGUAUUUGAAUUUGCUUUUCAUACACGCACAGAAAAUGCACAAAAUGAGAAAUACAAAAAGAUUUGUACAUUUCCUAUGUAUAUGCCCAGGGCAUACAGUAUAUUGGAAAAUGUUAUUUUUAUUCUGGCAUAUACCAUUGAAUCACUAUAAUUCACUGAACAAGCACUGGAGUAUAAUAUUUUAAUUUACAAAACACAUUUUGUCUAUUUGAUUAAUUUAUUCUAGCCAAGAGUACCUGUCUAUUCUUCAUACACAAAUGUGGACAACCCUUCAAAUUAGUGGAUUUGGCUAUUUCAGCCACACCCGUUGCUUACAGGUGUAUAAAUCGAGCACACAUUCAUGCAAUCUCCAUAGACAGACAUUGGCAGUAAACAUUUUACCUUUAUUUAACUAGGCAAGUCAGUUAAGAACAAAUUCUUAAUUUCAAUGAUGGCAUAGGAACAGUGGCCUGUUCAGGGGCAGAACGACAGAUUCGUAUCUUGUCAGCUCGGGGAUUUGAACUUGCAACCUUUCGGUUACUAGUCCAAUGCUCU